AUGGAAGCUAAUGAUGUUGUUGAGAGUUUUAUGGAGGUAAUUAAUGGUGAGAUUAAUGCUGUGGAUGAGUAUCAGGUAUUCGUCGAGAUUAUUUCAAGUGAAAUAGUGAAGCCAUGUGAUGAUGAAGUUGGUAACUGUGAGCAUUAUGAUGAGGUAAAUGUGGUCAGUGCUGAGGGUCAGAGAUUUAGCUCUAGUGGGAUGACGAAACUUAUUUUGUGCUGUGUAUGUGCUCAUCAAAUAGUAUAUAAGGUGCUGGGAUGGACCUCUGGGCAGUCACAGACCAUCACGAUGCAGCGCCUCGCUCUCUUCCUGGUGUGCCUGCUGGGUUCUGCCCUGGCACUGCCCUCCCAGGCCUUUCUGGGAAGGAAGGCUUCAGGCCGCAUCAUUGGGGGGACCAACGCGGACAUCGCCGACUACCCGUGGCAGGUGUCCUUCCAGAAGUUGGGUUCGCACAACUGUGGAGCGUCCAUCAUCGGCUCCAGCUGGGUCCUGACGGCGGCCCACUGCGAGGACGGCCUCAGUCUCUCAUGGAUGAGUUUCCGGGUCGGCAGCUCAAUCCGAGAGAGCGGAGGCUCCGUCCUGCAGGCGUCUUCUGGCUUCCAGAAUGAGAUUUUCACUCUGCACAACGCUCAGGCGGUGGUCCUACCCUCUGACGGCUACGACCCGGCAGGUGGUCUGGCGGUGACUGUGACCGGCUGGGGAGACACCAGGACGGGGGGACCUGCAGCCGCCAACCUUCAGAAGGUCGACAUCAGCAUCGUGGACCGCAACGCCUGCAGAAACAUCUUCGCCAAAACUAACACUGUGACCGACCGCAUGGUGUGCGCUGGUCAGGCCGGCCACAGCGUCUGCAACGGAGACUCUGGCGGCCCCCUGGUCAGCGGAAACACCCAGGUGGGCAUCGUCUCCUGGGGAUCGAGGACCUGCGAGUCUGCGCCCGGAGUCUACGCCAACGUUUUCAACCUGCGCUCCUGGAUUCGCUCUGCAGUUGGUAUCUAA